GGUUAGCAUAGUACCUGCCCUCUAACGUCCCACCCACCUCGUCAAACCGGAACACAACCUGACCGAAACCCGUCUAGUUAGUAUGAAAACACGACAGAUCAGUGAAAAGCUUCAAUAGCAAACAGACUAUCUGCUCAGAGACAUCACCGGGAGGACAUUAAACCGGCUGGACGGAUUAAACUGAAGCUACUAACGGCUGUUAACGGCUCUGUUGGGUAGCAGCUUUUAGCUCGCUACUUUAGCUUGUCUGCUAACUUUAACAUAAAUCCGGAUUUCACAGCUGUUUAAGGUUGCGCAAGACUUUAUAAAACACCCUUUUAAUAUCUCACCAUGGGAUCCAGAGCGUCCACGUUACUCCGAGAAGAGGAGAUUGAAGAAAUCAAGAAGGAGACUGGCUUCUCCCACAGUCAGAUCACUCGGCUGUACAGUAGAUUCACCAGUCUGGAUAAAGGAGAAAACGGCACCCUAAGUCGAGAAGAUUUCCAGAGGAUCCCGGAGUUGGCCAUCAACCCGCUGGGAGACAGAAUCAUCAAUGCGUUCUUUCCUGAAGGAGAGGACCAAGUAAACUUCAGGGGCUUCAUGCGAACCUUGGCUCACUUCAGACCAAUCGAGGACAAUGAGAAGAGCAAGAACGCCGCCGUCAGCGAGCCACUCAACAGCAGGACAAACAAGCUUCUCUUUGCUUUCCGUCUGUAUGACCUGGACAGAGAUGACAAAAUCUCUCGGGAUGAGCUGCUGCAGGUCUUACGGAUGAUGGUUGGUGUAAACAUUUCAGAUGAACAGCUUGGCAGCAUUGCUGAUAGGACCAUACAGGAGGCUGACACCAACGGAGAUAACUCCAUUUCCUUCAAUGAAUUCAUCAAGGUCUUGGAGAAGGUGGACGUCGAACAGAAAAUGAGCAUCCGGUUCCUACACUAAAUAGAUUUUUUUUUUUAAUUAUUAUUUUGAGUAGAGCUUCAACAUGUCAGUUGAUGUCAGAACACAACCUCAUCCAGCUUCUCAGCAGGCUGCUGUGGCCCACACUCUGAGUACACGCCGUCAGAUCAGCGUUAGGUAGAUAAAGUCAUAGAUCUUGAGUUUCUGCCUCUGCACUGCUCUGUAAACAAAGGGAAAAGUUGCGUGCCUUGGGUUGUUUUAUGCAAUGUCACUGUAUUUUUUUCCCAGUUAUGGAACAUUAUUUAUUAGAAAACCUUUAGAAGGUCACGGUUAGUGCCACUGCUGUUCCACUUUUCACAUGAAACAUUAUUUUAAAGCGCUGUACCAUUUUUGCUAUUGCAGUGAGUAAGUUUAUUCUAAGUUUACUCAUGCUGUUCAGUGGAUAGUUAGCACACUUUGUGUCUUUGUCCAUAUAAAUAUGCAACGGUUCAAAGUGAAACUCGUAAGAUGUGUGAUUCCACUCAAAACAGACAGUGUUUUUAUUGCUAACAGGAUCUUAUGACUCCUUUUCUUUGACUUGUGGCAGAGCAAGUCAAACCAGCCUGCUCUAAGUUUUACCCUUGAAACAAAGCAGGGCCUGCUCCACAGAUCUUUUGUGUUUUACUCACUGAAGUGCCAUGGCUUUGGUUCCCCUUUGUAAGUUAUUAUCUCAACAGUAAACCAGAACCUAUGGCCAUGUUUGUGUAUUUUUUAACCUAGCUACUGCCAAUAGAUUAUGUUUCAAUUGUUGGACUUCAACCAAAGCCAGAAACCACCUGGGGCCUGUUGGAGCCGCUGCUGAUUCAACAUGUGUAUAAUGUGAUAUUUAAAGAACUGCUUAUUCAGUUACAGCUAGAAGAAUGAAGACUUCCAUCUCUUUGGCUGGUGUGUGUGUGUCUUCCCUAGCACCUGUUCUAGUACAUUUGCAAACUGAUAUCACUAGGAUUUAGCUGCUUUCAAAAAGUGUUUCCCCGGAUUGAGUCUUGGCAAACAGUGUCAGGCCCUGUGGUGGGAACUGGGCUGUGUACCAGUUAGUUUGUAGACUCAGAACAGGUAAACCCAUGAUAACGCGCUAUGCUUCUAUUUAUCUGAUCAGUCUCUCUGUGGAUAAGAAAAGUGUUUGUCUGACUAUUUCUUUUCCCCAUUGACUAGUUCCAGAUGCUAAAGAGAAUCAAAUGUAUUCCGAAUAUAUUUUCUGUACAGGCUAGUGUACAUUUACAGGCCGACCCUCUAAUCUUUAAUGUGAGUUUGUUAAAUCAUUACAAGAACACCCUCCAGCAGCUGAGUGCAGGAAAUACAACUUGACCAUUUUAUUAAUCAUUAUGUGAUUAUCAAUCAAGAUAUGGUUCACAUGUUACGUGAUGUUGGUCUCUGUAUUAUCAAAGUGAUUCAUGAAUUUGAUUUGAAUAAAUUAAGUGCCAUGCUUA